GUGAUUGAUUGAUUGAGAGAGAGAGAGAGAGAGAGAGAGAGAGAGAGAGAGNAAAGGAGAGAGAGAGAGAGAGAGAGAGAGAGAGAGAGAGAGAGAGAGAGAGAGAGAGAGAGAGAGAGAGAGAGAGGAGAAGCAAUGGGAGAAGGAGCAGGAGGAGCAGGAGGAGCGGGAGGAGCAGGAGGAGCGGGAGGAGCAGGAGGAGGAGCGGGAGAAGGAGAGGGAGGAGGAGCGGGAGGAGGAGCGGGAGAAGGAGCGGGAGCGGGAGGAGGACAAAGUUGUGGUGGAGCAGUGGGAGAUGGCCAUGGCGGGAUCUUUGUCAUGUUGUUUGGCGGAGGAGGAGCGGGAGGAGUGGGAGGAGGAGCGGGAGGGGAAACGGGAAGGGGCGGAGGAGGCGCGGGAGGAGGAGCGGGAGGAGGAGCGGGAGAAGGAGCGGGAGGAAGAGCGGCAGGGGAAACGGGGAGGGGGUUAGGAGCGGGAGAAGGAGCGGGAUCUCUGUCACGUUGGUUGGCGGAGGAGGAGUGGGAGGAGGAGUGGGAGCUGCGGGAGAAAGAGCAGGAGGAGGAGUGGGAGGAGGAGCAGGAGAAGGAGAAGGAGCAGGAGGAGUGGGAGGAGGAGCGGGAGGAGCGGGAGAAGGAGCGGGAGGGGAAACGGGAAGGGGCGGAGGAGGCGCAGGAGGAGCGGGAGGAGGAGCGGGGGGAGGAGCAGGAGGAGGAGCGACAGGGAAACGGGGAGGGGCUUAGGAGCGGGAGGAGGAGCGCGAGGGGAAACGGGAAGGGGCGGAGGAGGUGCGGGAGGAGGAGCGGGAGGAGGAGCGGGAGGAGGAGCGGGAGGAGGAGCGGGAGGAAGUGUGGGAGGGCAAAUGGGGAGGGGGUUAACGAAUGCGAGGAGGAGCGGGAGAGGGAGCGGGAGGGGAAAUGGGAAGGGGCGGAGGAGGUGCGGAGGGAGCAGCGGGAGAAGGAGCACGAGGGGUGGGAGAAGGAGCGGGAGAAGGAGGAGGAGCGAGAGGUGGAGUGGAAGGAGGAGCGGGAGCAGGAGUGGGAGAAGGGGCGGGAGGGGAAACGGGAAGGUGCGGAGGAGGCGCAGGGGAAGAAGCAGGAGAAGGAGCGGGAGGAGGAGGAGGAGCGAAAAAAGGAAAAGGCAGCCGGAGAAGCAGCGGGAGAAGGAGCGGGAGGAGGCCCGGGAGGAGGAGCGGGAGGAGGAGGAAGAGCGGACGAGGAGCAGGAGGAGGUGCGGGAGAAGGAGUGGGAGAAGGAGCGGGAGGAGGAGAGGGAGGAGGAGGAAGAGGAGGAGCAGGCGGAGGAGCAGGCGGAGGAGCAGGAGGAGGAGCAGGAGAAGGAACUGGGGGAAACAGGGAGGGGGAGGCCAGGACCUGCCCCAGAGCUUGAUAAUGGGAACAUCGUAAUUGGUACUGUUCUGGAAGGAAUGGAUGUGAUAACAAGAAUAGCUGCUGUGCCAACUUACCAGCCAGGCGAGCGGAUUCGUCAGCUAAAUAAUUUGGCACAAUUCUUUGGUGAUCAGCGUGCAGCUUCAGCUAGGAGUACCUGGGGUAGACCCCUCAAGGCAGUGGUGGUGAGGAAUGCAGGGGUUGUUGAUGUUGGAAAGCCUGGGCUUCCUGCUAUGCUCCCAUGAUGUGCUACGUGCUGUGACCUGCCAGAUGGGCCGUGAUAAACACUCUAUUUCAACUUCCCCCCCCCCCCCGGUCCCCUCUAGCGUGUGCCAGCGCGGAGAAUACAGUCUGUCUGAGCUGCACCUGUGACUGUAGGUGCACUACUGCUGCUGUUGCUGCUGCGAGGCGGUGGAGUCAAAUAUUUGCCUGGUGUAAAAUACCAUUGUAUUCAAAGAGUGAAAUACAGCUUAUCCCUACUUUCCCAGAUAGAGAGCAAGUAUGGUUUAUAAAUACACAUGGCAAGGCAAUAGCAACCAGGUAACUGAUGCCUUAGAAAAAAGCCAGCUCUUUGAUCUCUUCUCACAGGCACUCACACACAUACAGAUAGAUAGAUAGAUAGAUAGAUAGAUAGAUAGAUAGAUAGAUAGAUAGAUAGAUAUAGAUAGAGAUAGAUAGAAAGAUAGAUAGAUAAAGAGAGAGAGAGAGAGAGAGAGAGAGAGAGAGAGAGAGAGAGAGAGAGAGAGAGAGAGAGAGAGAGAGAUCUUCCACAUCUGCAGAUCUUGACGUUGAAGAAGCAACACGGAACACAACAGAGUUUCCCAAGGGUGCCGGAGAGAGCACUUGAAGUGAACUUAUGAGGUGGAAGCUGCUCUGUUGUAUGAGAGCGGUCCAUGUCAACGUCCUAUACCCAGAUGCAACACACGGACUAAUUUUUCGUUUCUCCUUUUCCAUGUAAGUGGCCAAAUAAUCUCAGCUGUUGGUGAUCUGACCAGGAAUCAUAGGCAUGAUGACUCA